CGAUCGCCGCUGCCCACAAGGGGCAACAGGGGCAAUGACGAAGACCGGAAAGCAACGACGAUCAAGCACGGCGUCUCACUUGCUAGCAACGAUAACCCUGGUUUCGACGCUUGCAAUGCUUCUUUACGCGCGAACGUCUCCUUUAUCCAAUGGGCUCGCUUCCGAUGUCUUCGGUGAUACCGGAACAGCGCCCCGACUGCGUCGAUACAAUGCAGCGUUUGCACCCAUUCCCGAUUUCCCAGCACUUCCGGCGUCGAGAAAGUUGCAGCAAUCGACUGUCGGAGACAGAAGCGAAAUCCACAACAACAACAACAACAACAACGAUACUCUCACGGGUAUGGGGGAAACUCUUUGCGACAUAGACUACUGCCGGGAAAUCUUUGAAGAAACCAUUUGUGUCGAAAGGACAGAACAGAAAAGCACGCUGGCAUCCGUCCCAUUGUGGCUGCAGGUUCUUCUUCUCAUGAUCCUGCUCAGUUUCUCGGCGCUCUUUAGCGGCCUUACGCUCGGCUUGAUGUCCCUCGACAUUACAGGGCUGGAGAUUGUCAUGGCGGGGGACGAUCCCGCUGCCGCCAAGUAUGCGGAAAAGAUCUAUCCCCUCCGGAAACGGGGGAACCUGUUGCUGUGCACGCUCCUCCUCGGCAACACCGCGGUAAACUCGCUGAUGUCCAUCUUUUCGGCGGAAAUUUUUAACGGGACGAUUGGGUUCGUCACAUCGACCUUUCUGAUCCUGAUCUUUGGCGAGAUUAUUCCGCAAGCAUUCGUAAGUGCAUCAUCACUGAAUGACUAUCGUUUCAUCAAAUACACAGAAGCGCAAUCCCUUGCUCAACGUCUUUUGCUUCUGUUUCAACCUCGCCAACUUCUUUCCUCUCCGGACGUUCCGAUUAGUGCUCUCGCUACGCUCUGCGAAUCGGAAGCUUUGCCGUCCCGGUGGUCAAGGUGAUCCGCGCCUUGCUGUUUGUUUUGGCCUAUCCGCUGGCAAAAAUUUUGGAUUGGACGCUCGGGAGAGAACUUGCAACGACGUAUAGCGGCGCGGAGAUGAUAGAGCUUUUGAACGUCCACGUGAAGGAAAACAUCAUCGAUCAAGAGGAGGCCAAAGCAAUGCAGGGUGCCCUCACAGUAAGUGCUUGGAGCGGUUUCUUCUUGAAACUAUAGUGGAGUGGAGUGUUUUUUGGACAACAGUUUUACAGGUGUCGGUGAGACUAACGGUUGCUGUUAUAUUUUACUUUGUUAUGAUAUACGUGCAGUACAAGAAUAUUCACGUCAGUGAUGCCAUGACAGCUAUGGAGCAAACAUUCAUGCUAGAAGUUGACGAGAAACUAAGCUUUGAAACGAUAGGGAAGAUUUUCAAGACAGGAUAUUCCCGGAUACCGGUCUAUGAGAUUGUGAGAAACAAUGUAAUCGGGCUGCUAUUCGUGAAGGAUCUUAUUUUUUUGGAUCCCGAGGACGACGUUUCGGUUCGGUCGUUCAUUCAAAUUUUUGGACGAAACGUACACAAUGUGUGGCCAGAUGAUACUCUAGGAGACGUAUUGGCGGAAUUGAAAAAAGGAAAAUCACAUCUAGGUAUGUCUUGCUGUCUGCAACCAUAGGCAUUCAAUGCGUUCUUGAUUCUUUCUCCMUCGUCUGACCAACCUGCUGCUGUCCGCUGUUGUUAUCCACAGCGGUCGUUCGAGACGUGAACAACGAAAAUGAAUCACUGGAUCCUGUUUACGAAGUGAAAGGGAUAAUUACACUCGAAGGUACGUGUAGAGAAGUAUCUAAUAAAGCAAACGACUAUUAUCUUUUUCUUAUUAUUUUCAACCUGUUCCUCACGUAUUAAUUAUGCGUCGUUUUUCAUCCAGACAUUGUCGAACGCAUCAUCGGGGACUCCAUCGUAGAC